AUGUCUGAAUACACAGCUGGCGCAGCCGGCAUGACCGCCAUCGAUAAGAAAGACUGGGACACGGCUAUCAUCCAGCUCUCCAAGGCUCUCAAGGUCACAAAGUCCCCCAAGUGGCUCAUUGGCCGCUCCAAGGCUUACAUCGGCACCAAGGAUUUCCGCCGCGCCCUGCGCGAUGCCGAGCUCGCCUACGUCGCCGCCGCCGCCCGCAACAACCGCGCCUUCAUGGCCGACUCGCAGUAUCGCCGUGCCGUGGCUCACCUUCGGCUCGGCGAGCUAGCCAACGCCGACAUCUGCGCCAUCUGGGCCCAGCGCAUGGCCGAGGGGAAGAACAUGGCCAACCUCAGGGCGCCGGAGGUCGACGACAAGGGCUACGCGCGGGGCACUAGAACGGCUCUGCAGAACGAGAUAACGGCUGUCCGGCAAACGGAGGAUCCGGCGCAGAGUAAGUUUGGCGCUAUCUGGAACACCAUUUGUGCUCUGCGAUUGCAAAUCCUUGGCGGCUUGGAGAAGCUUGCCGAGGACGACGAGAAGCGAAAGGUGACUGUCAAGUUUGCGCCGGAUGUCUCGCUCGAUGCCCCCGACCAGGACGAGGUAGAAGAGUUCACCAAGGAGGAGAUUGAGGCGGCCAAGGCGGAAGCGGUCGCGAAGCCGCAGCCAAAGAAGGAGGUGCGCGUGGACUUUUUCCAAAGCAGCGCCACUUUGACGGUGUCUGUGUUUGCGAAGAACAUCCCUAAGGAUGCUUUUAAGGUCGAUUACGGCGAGUCUGAGAUCAGCAUGUCGCACAUUCCCGGCCAUGAGCCCAGUUACACGAUCCAUCUCUACAGCCGCAUCGACCCGGCUAGCUCCAAGCACACCGUCACCGCGAAUAAGGUUGAGUUUCAACUCAAGAAAUUAGAGGCCAGCAAAUGGCCCACUCUGCAACGCCCCGCCGACAGCGCCGCUGCUCACGUUGCCGAGGCUUCGAUACCCAAGAAAUCCAGCUCCCCGCCGCCGCCGGCCGCCGCCGGACAAACUACCGCAGCCGUGGCCUCCGCCCCGGCGUACCCGACGUCUUCCAAGUCUGGCCCCAAGAAUUGGGACAAGCUUGAAGGCAUCGACGACGAGGACGGAACAGACGGGGGAGAUAUCAACGCAUUCUUCAAGACGCUGUACAAGGGCGCUUCGCCCGAGGCGCGACGUGCCAUGAUGAAAUCCUUCACCGAGAGCAACGGUACCUCGCUCAGCACCGACUGGGAUGACGUUAAGAACCGCAAGGUCGAGACCGUUCCUCCCGAGGGCGUCGAGGCUAAGGAGUGGGAGUCUUGA